AUGCGCAUAGGCAUAGGAGCACCCCAAGGCUACAAUCGCCUCGCGCCGAUUAUCGCUCUUGCUGCGGCAGUUCUAUUACAGCCAGAUCCAUUUCUCAAUGAGCUUACCAGUAUGUUUGAGCGCAAUACAAAGACAAAAUCUGUUUGGAAUCCAGAGACUCACCAAGCACAUACUCGUUCCCCCAAAAGAAAAAUUCCUGCUUUGAAUGAUGUGCCGGGCCAUCAACGCAGUCUUUCUGCAGAUGAUGAUGCAUGGGCCAGGCUCUGCAAAUGCCUGGAUUCUAAUGAUGAAAUUGAUGAAUCUGAUGACGAAAGGAUCAUGUUGGACCUAAGAUCCUGUACUUGCAUCAAAGGCAGCAAGCCAAGAGGAGCAAUUUUCUGUUUGUGGAGGAAGGCAAGUGGUGAAAAGAUGCCGAGGACCCUCCCAGCUGCCAAAAGAGUAAGGUCUCUUGCUUUCUAUAGGGACUUUACUUUUGCUGCAUAUGGAAACAAUAUUGCUGUUUUCAAACGUGCUCAUCAGUUAGAAAAACAAAAGGGAAAUGAAAGAGACAUCCAACUCUUCCCCGUAUCGGCGGCACCGGGACGACGACGUCGAGGCUGGGAACAACGCCUAUGUUCACGAGGAGGAUCACAAGAUCCGAACCUUCACUUUGUUGGGGAAAUUGCUCUGGCGCCUCCAGAAGUUGCUAUUGACAUGGCUGCACAACAACAGCUUGAAGCUGAGUUGAUUAAUGCUUCCGCACAGCCUUUACCAGAUAAUGAUUAUGAUCUGUUUGAUUAGAAGAAAUCUUUUGAACGGGCUUUUCCUCUUUUGGCCUGCCUCUUCUUACUUAAUGAACGGGAUCCUUCUUCUGUGAGCACGCCUUACCUUCUUCAUAAGAGUAGGCUCAAUUUAUCUUUGACUACAGCAAUUUGGUUUGAUUCUUGUUCGAUUGUAUAAACUGCUAUGCUGCUGGACUUUAAAGAUCAUCAUCUCCAAUAAAAGUAGUUCCUCCUACACAGCAGCAAGGACACAGAUGAUGAUGAGUUAUUUAAUAGCAUGGAUGAUGAUGAUGCUUCUAGAAUACAGAUCUUAAAGAGUUGAAGAAACUAUUCAUAUCUCCCAUCAGAAUGAUAUUGGACCGAUACUUGUGGUGGAGAGCUGGCUGAGAUUGACUUAGUUUAGUUCCUCUUAUUUUUUUUUAUUUAAGGCAGAAUUUAUCCCACAUUGCUUCUUUACAAAUGUAAGCAUCUGUUUAUAACUGAUUAUAACUCUUAGUA